UUUGGCAAGCUGAUUUACGUACGUGUACAUAUUAAACUGCAAAGUUAUUGACACACAGGUAGAGAAGCGGAGUGACUUUUUAGCCAAUCAGAAUGCAGAACACAAUGCACGAUGCAAAUCCGUGAAGUGGCGAAACCGUGAAAAGUACACCGCGUUAUAGCGAGGGAUCACUGUAUUACAUUUUAUGACAAAUUGUGACACGUUUUACCAAAAAUAAAAAUAAAAACUCAUCUUUGUGUUUACCAGACAACUAAGUAAGUACAAUAAACAAUAUUGGUAAAGUAGGUUUGUCUGUGGAGCCUCCCUUCUGAGGUUUACUUCGGACAAACAGUUUGGACCCCCACCCAUAAUCUUGCUGCAGACACACCUCCACAGGUGAGUAUAAAGAGGCUGAACUGAACUGAGGCAGACAUCAAGUUUUGAGGAGUCAGUUCUCAACCCUCCACAUCCAAAAUGAAUCUGGCUCCCUCCACCUGCCUGCUUUUACUGCUCCUGCUCGGCAUCGCUCAGGCGCUGCCCAUCCAAAAUGAAGAAGGCCAUGAAGAAGGUGAUGAAGAUGAUUUUGUAGACAUCACUACCAGGAUCCUCACCAGCAACAAUAACACUGACCAGCUCUUGCUAGAAGGAGACCUGGUGGCUCCUACAAACAGGAAUGCCAUGAAAUGCUGGAGCAGCAGCUGUUUCUGGAAGAAAGCCUCCAACGGUUUAGUGGUAAUUCCUUACGUCAUUAGCUCUGAGUACUCUGGAGGAGAAGUGGCCACCAUCGAAGGCGCCAUGAGGGCUUUUAACGGCAAAACAUGCAUCCGCUUUGUCCGACGCACCAACGAGUACGACUUCAUUAGCGUUGUGAGCAAAACUGGAUGCUACUCUGAGCUGGGCAGGAAGGGAGGACUACAGGAGCUGUCUAUCAACAGGGGAGGAUGCAUGUACAGCGGCAUCAUCCAACACGAGCUCAACCACGCUCUGGGCUUCCAGCAUGAACAGACCAGGAGUGACCGAGACAGCUACGUCCGGAUCAACUGGGAGAACAUCAUCCCAGCGAGUGCCUACAAUUUUAACAAGCAGGAUACCAACAACCUGAACACCCCCUAUGACUACUCCUCCAUCAUGCACUAUGGAAAAGAUGCCUUCUCCAUUGCCUAUGGGCGAGAUUCCAUCACCCCCAUCCCCAAUCCCAAUGUCCCCAUCGGCCAGAGGAAUGGCAUGUCCCGCUGGGACAUCACCAGAAUCAACGUCCUUUACAACUGCCGUUAAAUAUUUUCAUGUCUGAUCUAUAAUCUCUGAAUUAUUAGAAAUAAAGUAGAUACAAAGCAA